AUGGCCUGGAGCCGUAGAAUUGCAUGGGCUGUUUCAAGCAGCCCUUUACUGUUCCUUGCAAACGCCAAUUACGUCUGGCCAAACUCACGGAUCGACGAGCUUGAGAAGCUGGGUGCCCUCGGCAUAGGACGCAGCUUUGGUGCAGAGUGGAUUACAAACGCCUACCACGACAUGUCAACACCAGAUAUCUUUGCCGGAACUGGCGGUCUGGAUGCUUCAAUCGUCUUUGAGAUGGAUCGUCUCGAAAACGUCGGUGACGCGUUUCGGGAGACGCUCAACAUUCUCAAAGGUAGCCACAACAAUAGAGUGUCGAUGUCUGACUUGUUUACAUUGGCCACGGUGGUGGCAGUUGGCGGAUGUUCUAAAGGAAAAGUUAUUGUUCCGUUGAAGGGAGGCCGCGUAGACGCAGCUGGUCCGGGUCUGUCCGGCGUCCCAGAGCUCCAGCAGCAUCUCCAAACGCAUACUGCGAAUUUUGCGAAACAACCAUUUGAUACUUCUGAGAUGAUAGCCCUUGUUGCUUGCGGGCACACCGUUGGAGGCGUCCAUGGUGUCGACCUUCCAGAGAUUGUCCCAAACCCUGCUCCAACCGAUGGCUCAAAGAAUGAUAUCACGCUUACAUUCGAUACAACCACAGACGAUUUUGACAACAUUGUGGCCAAAGAGUUCAUUGCCAACGUAUCUCGUAACCCGCUUGCGUUUGGGCAAAUUGAAACAACACGGUCGGACUUCCGUAUCUUCAACGCAGACGGCGGCGACAUGAUCUCACAAAUUGCAACGUUUAAUGACUUUUUCCUUGAUACCUGUAGCACCAUGUUUGAGCGCAUGGUCAGUACAGUGCCGAGAAAUGCCCAACUGAGAGACAUUAAACCUCUCCUUCGGAUAGGUGUGGAUACCCGAAUUGCGUCCCACCCUCAAAAAAUCCCGACUGAAUGCGGCAUAUCAUCUUUCACUGUUGAAAUCGCGGACAGUCAAACGGGCAAAACCUCAGUUCAUGACACCGGGCGCGCCGGCUUUUCCCCACCCAAAGAAAUUCUGGCAAUGUACUUUCUUUCACGUCAGAGUGUAAUAACUGUGGGUGGUGUCAGCCAGAUGCAACUCAAUCUGACUGUGGCAAAAGUCGACGGGACUAACUACACACUCUAUACGGGCAUAUGGCAGAGGACGUCCGCUGCCUCUACGCAUUCGUUCGAUAUCGUCGCUGUGGGGCCGGAUAGAACAGUUUCGAGUCUGUUCGACUCUUGGGACGACGUCCCUAGGGAAUAG